AUGUUUCGCGGAAAUCAUCCGCCGCAACAUUUAGGUUCACGACACGUGACCACUCCAAUGGAGAAUAAUGUGAAAGAAAAAAAAUCAGGACUUGUAACACAAAGUUCAUUGAGAAUGAAGCAGCGUACUAAGGCACACGAUAGUUUUAAUGAGACACAAGAGGCUGUAGAAGUUCCGAAAAGUGAAAAAGAAAAGCGGUUAUCUAAUAGCGUUGAUGCGAUAAUUACCAAAAGAGAUACCAAAAGCAAAGUAAUAUGUAGUGCCAAAGGCUUAUUAGAAACUAAUUUAGAUGAUUUAUUUAACGACUUGCAGAAACUGGACGGGUGGACUGGUCAGUCAAAGAGUUUAGGUGCUAGUGAGCCGUCCUUAAGUGUAAGUGAUAAAAAUAUAAAAGCAGCGACCAAACGUGAAUCUCUGGUGUCUGAAGAUGACACGGCAGAUGAUACAGCAACUAACAGUGAUUGUAUUGACCAAGAGGCGCGUGAACAGAGAAAGUGCAUGGGUGCGCGACGAAUCGGGCAUAUACUACGAAGAGUCAUUUCUAGAAAUGGUAAGUUUCAUUCACAUUACUUUGAUGACUAUAUAUCAUAA